GUGGGUAAGGCUAAGACCGAUUCGGGCUUGGUGUUGCCGACGCGAACGUUUCACAGCGGAAUUUCCACCACCAAACGGCUGUCAAGCCCUCGGCGCCCUGUCAGAACUGUUCAUUCCUACGAGUACCGCUCGCGCGAUACUCAAUAUGGGUGCGCGCGUUUCCAAAAUAUUGACAUGCGAUGCGUUCACGCCGUCUAGAUGCCGGGCAAUGAUUUGCAGGUGUAUGCGUCGAGUCAAGCAGCGUUCUUAUAUGGGCUGCUGCAUCUCUUCCUGCUGGUUUGUUCGUGUUGUUCAUUCGCUCACUACUGUCAUUCAUUCAUUGCUUUCGUAGCAUAUACAUUCGUUUUCAUCAACAUACAGCCGGUCUCUGUUUUUUACCUUUGAACACAUAACUUCAAGAUGUUUGCCAAGACUACUCUCAUGAGCGCGUUUCUCAGCGCUGCGUCUGCCGAGAUGAUCUGGGACGGUCGCUUCAAUGACUAUGCCUCCUCCGCCGACAUCGCCAAGUGGUCCUUCGCCAACCCUGUCGGCGCCUACCAGUACUACAUUCACGGCUCCGGCCCCGUGACCGACUACGUCAAUCUUGACACCACCUUCAAGAACCCCGCCGACACUGCUUCCAAGCAGGGUGUCAAGAUCACCAUCGACGAGACCGCGAAAUGGAACGGCCAGACCAUGCUGCGUACCGAACUCAUUCCUGAGACCAAGGCAGCCAUCAACAAGGGCAAGGUCUACUACCACUUCUCCAUCAAGACUGCCGCCGAGAACGCCCCGACGGCCACCAACGAGCACCAGAUCGCUUUCUUCGAGUCCCAUUUCACUGAGCUCAAGUACGGUGCCUCGGGCUCGUCCAACACCAACCUGCAAUGGCAUGUUGGCGGCGUCUCAAAGUGGGACGUUGAGCUCGUUGCCGACGAAUGGCACAACGUUGCCUACGAAAUCGACUUCGAUGCUGGUUCGGUCGCCUUCUGGCACUCGACUGGCAGCGAUGAGUUGAAGCAGACGGCCGGACCCUUCGAUGCUAGCACCUCUUCCGAUGGUAAGGAUUGGCAUCUUGGUGUUCUGAGGCUGCCUGGUCAGGCCGACAAGGACGGUGCUGAGGAUUGGUUCUUCAGCGGUGUAUACAUCGAGGACGGAGAGCUUACUACCAAGAUUGGUGGUGGAGCUGCAGGUGCGGCCCCCGAGAAGCCUGUUCCUACUACGAUGUCCAAGGUUGUCUCUUCUGCCGCCCCUGCUGCUACUUCUUCCAAGGCGGCUGCUAGCUCUUCCGUCGCUGCCGCUGAGACUCCUGCUGCUUCUUCGAGCGCCGUGGUCUCUUCCACUGCUGCUGCUUCUUCGGUCGCUGCUCCUAUCAAGACCCCGGCUGCAUCCUCGUCUGUCGCGGCUACCAGCGCUGCUCCUAUUGAGACUCCUGUCACCUCCGCUACCUCAUCUGCUGCCCCCGUAGCUAAGCCUACUGGUAGUGCUGGCUCUGACGCUGUUCUCCCCGAGGAGUUCACCAUCGCCCAGUUCGUCGCUUGGCUCAAGGCCAAGACUGGCAAGAACUAGGCACGUGUCCAGCGUGAGUGCAGCUCCGAGUAAUCAGCCAAUUGGCAACCCAUACAUUCUUGUAGAUAUUAUCCAUUCUUGUUAGCUGUCACAAUAUACUGUCCGCAGCUCUUAUUUUAUACCUUGGUCCCAAUGACAUUGGAUGGUGCUGUCAAAAUUUCAGGUCGGCUCAUUUCCUACACCAUCGUGAACAAGUUCGUUGGCACAGCCGCAUUGAAGUUCAGUUGUUUCAUCCGAUGUUGUUCUUUCUUUUCUCUAUUCUCUCCUUAACGCC